UUGGCUUUGCCUCCUGCGGCCGCUCCCGCCGCCCCGGCCAUGGCCAGGGACUACGAUCACCUCUUCAAGCUGCUCAUCAUCGGCGACAGUGGUGUGGGCAAGAGCAGUUUGCUGUUGCGUUUUGCAGAUAAUACAUUCUCAGGCAGCUACAUUACCACAAUUGGAGUGGAUUUCAAAAUCCGGACAGUUGAGAUCAAUGGGGAGAAGGUGAAGCUACAGAUCUGGGACACAGCUGGACAAGAGCGCUUCCGGACUAUUACAUCAACGUAUUACAGAGGAACACAUGGGGUCAUUGUUGUCUACGAUGUAACGAGCGCAGAAUCUUUUGUGAAUGUAAAACGGUGGUUGCAUGAAAUUAAUCAGAAUUGUGAUGAUGUCUGCCGGAUACUAGUGGGAAAUAAGAAUGAUGACCCAGAGCGGAAAGUGGUAGAAACAGAAGAUGCCUAUAAAUUUGCUGGGCAGAUGGAGAUCCAAUUGUUUGAGACCAGCGCCAAAGAAAAUAUUAACGUGGAAGAGAUGUUUAAUUGCAUUACAGAGCUAGUUCUGCGAGCAAAGAAAGAAAACUUAGCAAAGCAGCAACAGCAGCAACAGAAUGAUGUGGUGAAGCUAACGAAGAACAGUAAAAGGAAGAAGCGGUGCUGCUAAUGCCGUUUCCCUGCUGCAGAGACUCUGCUCUCAGACAGAUCAGCCCCUCCAGCUAGACUCGGGCAAUUCCACUGGGGCAGGCUUUGGGAGGACUUUUCUCAGUUUUGUGCCGUUAUUUAAAGAUUAUUUUUUUCUCCGUGUUUUCUAUCAAGAGGCGCUGACACCUUACCACUUCAGUGCCAAGAAGGUAUCGGAUGGAAUCUUGCCCUUCUCUCCUCCCCUGCUCAUUCCAGUGCGCCUUGUAGACAAGAAGGACGUUGCCUACCAAGUGGACUAAUUAACCCAAGAGUUUGUAUAUAAUGUAUAUUGCUUUAACCAGCCUCGCCUCCCUGUUGUCGCUUUGGCUUAUGCCUUCUUAAUGUCAACCAAUCAUGGACUGCAGAGUUCAUCUUUUUAAAGAAAUAGUUCCAAGUUCUUAAUUGGAGUUGGCCCCAGGCUGGCAGCAGCUGCUACCGGGGGCCUCCGGCUUCAUUUCUGUUGGGUUCCAGGAUGGCAGCUGGUGCCCCUGGGACCUAUAGCUUCACCUGGAGUUCCAGCCUUUUACUGGGGCUCAAGCUUUGUCUGUCUAGGUACCAGGAUUGCAGGUGUUGCUGCUGGAGCCUAGGGUUUCACUUCAUCAGCCCCUGGGCUGGCAGCUGGUGCUGCUGCUGGGGCCUUGGAUUUCAGUUUGCCAUGAUCCACAUUUGUGGCUGGGUCCUUGUGUUUCACCUUCCCGUGCUGCAGCCCAGCUGUACCUGUGCUCUUCUUUAGUUUGUAUCAAAAUACUGAAAACCAAACUGACCUGCAGAAGUGAGAUUUAUUUGGAUAAAACUUUUUUUUGUAAAAAAAAGAAAAAAGAAAGAAAGAAAGGCAAAAUUUAACUCCUUUGGCCUCUGCUUCUGGUUCUACCAGGGUCCUAAGCAAGGGUCCAUUUGUUUUGAGAACAACAAAAAAAACAUGUGAUUCUGCCAAAAAACCCAAACUUCUCCUCAUUGCCCUGUCCACAAAUAGGUGAUUUGAACUUGAAUGUGAACUUUGGUGUUUUUGAGAGAGAAAAGGCAUGAAAAUAAAUCGAGCUGUUCUGGAUUGAUGUUUGAAUAUGAAAGCUGCUGCAGGAUCAUUCCCAGAAUUCUUCUGUUAAAAAAGAGGACUGCCACUUAAUGUAAAGAAAUGGAAAGCUUGCUUGCUUUGGUUAUGUGGUGGUAGAGGAUCACCCUUGGAAACAAACUGGUCUCGUUAUGCUCUGCAACGUUUUUCUGGCCCUUGAUGGCCUGUCUGGGAAGACAAGGGUUCAGUUCACCAGCCUGCGUAGAUGUAGUUAAAGGUGGAGAGUGUAUGUGUGUGUAACUAAAAUUAUCAAAUGUCUGGGCUGAAAGUACAUGCUCAGCACCUGAAUAAUUGCCUAAAUAAUAAUUAAAAAAAAGAAUUUUUCCUUAAAGUUACUAAAAGGCAUGGAGGGUAUGACCGUGAAGGUGGUCGUACUCAGCUGGUCAGUUAGUGGCCCUAUGGAAUCACUGGCCUUAGAUGGGUAGGAUGUGAUUCACCAGUGUCCAUGAGCUUUGAAUCAGCUCACAUCUCUCCUUUCCUCCCCUUCCCACAGGAGAGGCUAAAUUUUAGUCACUUAUUUUGCCUGCAUUUUUUUAGAUGUUACGGCUUGUGGUAAGAGCCCUGAUCAUACAAUCACAUCACAAUCAAUCACUUUAAGGACUUUUUAAAGAAAUGCAAACGAUGAAUGUGUAACACGUGGGGUUUUAAUCAGUUCAGGUGCUGGGAGGAUGUAUCCAGCUGCCUUCACCCAUCUCUUUUCUUCACAUAUCUUUCAUUGGUAACCCAAGAACAAA